GCUCGUUCGUUCGUUCGUUGUCUAUACCGUCAUGAUACCGUCAGGCUCCGUGCUCCGUUUCCGUUUGUGAUUGUGAUAUUACCUAUUAUUUUUAUUAUAUGUAUUCAUGACAAAGGAGUAUUCAAGUUUAGUUUGUGUAUCAAUCGAUUAGUUCGCGAUCUUCUGAUCAGGUCAAGUAACGAGACGAACACUAUUUAAUUAUAUUAUAUGCAGAAGUAAAGACCACUAUGGAUACAAUUUUAGAACAACAACGAAGUUAUCAUGAAGAGAGAGAGCGUACCAUGGACGCUAUGGUCAAAGAAAUACUACAUAAGAAAACAGGUCAUCGUGAAACAAUCAAUGCUGACCAUCGUUUGAAAAAUCUGCAUGACAGAUAUAUUGAAGCUACUAUACAAUUGAAGGAUCUAUAUGAAGAUAAAGAUGGUCUCAGAAAAGAAGAAAUUGCGGCUCUGUCGGGUCCAAAUGAGUUCCAGGAAUUUUAUGCCAGGUUGAAGCAAAUUAAAGAGUUUCAUAGGAAACAUCCCAAUGAGAUAUGUGUGCCAAUGUCUGUUGAAUUUGAAGAAUUGGCAAAUCUGCGAGAAAAUCCGGCUGAGGAUUACACAACUCCAGUUGAGUUUACUGAUGAGGAAGGCUACGGAAAAUACUUGGAUUUGCAUGAAUGCUAUGAAAAAUAUAUAAAUUUAAAAGGCAUAGAGAAAGUAGACUACAUAACCUACCUCAGUAUUUUUGACCACCUGUUUGACAUUCCAAGGGAACGUAAGAACGGCGAGUACAGAAACUACAUCCGGGCCUUGCUCACGUAUCUGAAGGACUUUGUCAGUCGAGUGAAGCCGUUGCAGGAUCAGGCCCAAGAAAUGGCUCUCGCUCAUCAAGAGUUUCUGAAGCAAUGGGAAGCGGGCACUUUCCCGGGUUGGCCAAAAGAAACGGGAGGCGCUUUGACAAAUGUUGGCGCCCACUUGGAUCUGUCAGCUUUCUCGUCCUGGGAAGAGUUGGCCUCUUUGGGUCUGGACAGAUUGAAGUCUGCCCUCAUGGCUCUUGGUCUAAAGUGUGGCGGGACCUUAGAAGAGAGAGCACAAAGGUUAUUCAUUACAAAAGGCAGAACUGCUUUGGAUAAGUCGCUGGUGGCAAAGAAAGGUGGCAACAAGGCUAAGGCAUCCACUCAGCAAAGGCAUAAGGACAUUGCUGCCAUUGAAGCACAAGUUUACAGAUUCGCGCACAUAGUGAGCGGCAGCCGGUCCAGCACGAUAGAGAACGUGACGCGGCGCGCGGCGCGCGCAGCCGGCGAGCGCCGCGACGACAGCGACGGCGACAGCGACGCCAGCGCCGCGCCCGACCCCGACUCCGACGACGACGACGUGCCCUACAACCCCAAGAAUCUGCCGCUCGGCUGGGACGGCAAGCCAAUCCCAUACUGGCUGUACAAGCUGCACGGGCUGAACAUAAGCUACACCUGCGAGAUCUGCGGCAACUACACGUACAAGGGCCCGAAGGCGUUCCAGCGGCACUUCGCCGAGUGGCGCCACGCGCACGGCAUGCGGUGUCUGGGCAUCCCCAACACGGCGCACUUCGCCAACGUCACGCAGAUCGAAGAUGCUCUUGCUUUAUGGGAGAAAAUUAAACACCAGAAAGAAAGCGAGAGGUUUGUCGCCGAAAAUGAUGAAGAAUUUGAAGAUUCUCAAGGCAAUGUGGUGAACCGUAAGACUUAUGAAGAUUUGAAACGUCAAGGGCUUCUGUAAUACAAAUUAUAAGAAAAUAAAUGUAUGUUCUUUAAAAUAAAUUAAGUGUGACAUA